AUGUCCGUCUACUGGUGGGCGCUCCGUCUGAUCCAGUCCUUCGAGGACCACAUCGUCGCAUCGAUUCUUCGACGUCCAGGCUUCCAUCGCGCAGUGGGAAAGAUACACAAGACGAUAAACGAGAAGCAAUACGGUCGAAACCCCCAUGAGCCGCUAGCACCCGGUGAAGCGACAGCGGAUCCAAACUCGAGCGAUCGACAUCAGAGGUUCGCGAAACAUUUCAUCGACGAGUUGAAGAAUCAGUUUCGGGGGAAACCGACAGAGUUGCCGAGUGAACGACCAAAAAAGUGA